AUGCAAAUCAAGAACUUCGGUCUCGCCCUCGGCCUCGCUGCCACCAUGGCCCAGCCCGGCCACGCCAACAUCGGCAAGGCCGCCGACCUUCUCUGCCAGUUCUUCUGCCAGGGCAUCGCCGACCUCUUCGUCAACAUCUUCAGCAAGCGCGAUAUUGAUCCCGCCUUCUUUGAGUCUCGUGCCAUCAUGGGCCGUGCUCCCCCUGGAGUUCCUCAGCAGGAGUUUGACCGCUGCUACGACCAGAUGAACGGUGUUACUGUCACUGCUGAGAGCACCGGCCCCGGUGAAAUCCGCUUCAUGGGCGUUCCCCCUGCUUGCAUGAACCUUGCCAACGUGCUGGUUGGCGACCCAGUGAACGGCCCUUAUGCCCUUCCCUGCGGCUCUGACUGCCUGCACUACACUGACCUCAGCGAGGCUCAGUUCAAUGAACUUACCGACAAGCUUCACGCUGCUGCUUCCUAA